CGUGACGCGACCCCCGCACCAUAGAGCUGGCGGCGGCAAGCGAGCGCUCCCUGGCGGCCGUUGUAAGCAGCGACGGUGCCCGCCUGGUGAGCAGCCAGCCCAGCAGCAGAGAAAGGGAAAUGGCGGCCGGCGGCGGCUGUGACUGAUCCGGAGGGAAGCGCGGAGGGGGAGAAGACAGGGCCGGCGGAGGUGUCAGCUGCUGGGGCCGUGCAUGCCGGGCGGCCCGGGACACAGGGCGAGGACAGCAGCAGGGACAGGGGCGGCCGGCAGCCAGGGAGGGAGCGGGGCCUGCGCUGCCCACCGGCCGGCACCCAGAUGGUGAAGACCCGGAGGAGCGCCCUGAAGGGCCCGGGCGUCAAAUUCAUCUCAUCCCGCACCCGCUCCGGGCAGAGGCGGCUGGCUGGGAGAGGCCAAGUGGGCAAGAAAGAUACCGGCAGUGAUGCUAGUUUGAGUGACAGCCACUUAUCACCCCCGGCCAAGCGCGCUUGCAACCAUGCUGAGCCUGCUCUUAAAGAGAGCCCGAAGCCUCGUGCCACCAAACAGCGGGAAGGAUGGAGCAUGGCCACUAGGAGAUCCAGGUUAUUGUCUCAGUCUGGUGCUACAUUACCAAACAGCCACAGCAGUUUAUCUCUUAGAAGCCAUCCCUGCCACACAGAGAAGGAAGGUAAUGGUGACCAUUCCUGCAUUAAUGGCGGUCGCGAGGUCAGAAGAAGCUGCAGAUCAAAGAGUAGCCAAUUCGAAAGUUUGAACCAGAGCUUGCUGUUUGAUCAGCUCGUGAACAGCACUGCUGAAGCUGUGCUCCAGGAAAUGGACAACAUAAACAUACGGAGGAGCAGUAAGUCCAAGGAGGUGGAGCGGCUGCGUAUGUGGACAGACACCGAAUUUGUGAGUCUUCAAAUAGAACAACUGGACGUAAAAGAAAACAUGGAUAUGUAUUCCCGUGUAAAGAGGCGGAGGAAAAGCCUACGAAGGAAUAGCUAUCCAAUCAAAACUCGGCAUGAAGAGUCCUCGGAAGGAGAAGAGGAGGAAGAGGUUUCAGAAGAAUCCCCGGAAGAAGGAGAAGAUGGGGAUGAAGAAGCAGAGGUAGAAGGAGAAGAAAAUGAUCGGCCGUAUAACUUAAGGCAAAGGAAAACUGUGGAGAGGUAUCAAGCGCCCCCUAUUGAACCAGCACAUCAAAAGAAGAGACAAAGCACUUUGUUUGAUACCCACCGAUCUCCUGCAAGAAGAAGCCAUAUCCGCCCGAAGAAGCACGCGAUCCACAGCAGCGACACCACAUCCUCCUCCGAUGAAGAAAGAUUUGAAAGAAGAAAGUCUAAGAGCAUGGCUAAGGCGAGGAACAGGUGUCUGCCCAUGAACCUCAGGGCUGAGGACCUAGCCAGUGGCAUCCUCCGUGAACGGGUAAAGGUUGGAGCCAGUUUGGCAGAUGUAGACCCCAUGAACUUGGAUCGAUCGGUGCGGUUUGAUAGCGUCGGCGGUCUCAGCCAGCACAUUUAUGCAUUGAAAGAAAUGGUCGUGUUUCCCCUCCUGUACCCAGAGAUCUUUGAGAAGUUUAAAAUCCAGCCCCCCAGGGGAUGCCUGUUUUAUGGCCCUCCUGGGACAGGGAAGACAUUGGUUGCAAGAGCCCUUGCCAAUGAGUGUAGUCAAGGCAACAGAAAGGUUUCGUUUUUCAUGCGUAAAGGUGCCGACUGCCUCAGUAAGUGGGUCGGCGAGUCCGAGCGUCAGCUGCGACUUCUAUUCGACCAAGCAUAUGUGAUGAGACCGUCUAUCAUAUUUUUUGAUGAAAUAGACGGGCUGGCUCCAGUCCGAUCCAGCAGGCAGGAUCAGAUCCACAGCUCUAUAGUGUCUACCCUGCUCGCCCUCAUGGAUGGGUUGGACAAUCGAGGGGAGAUCGUAGUUAUUGGUGCUACAAACAGACUUGAUUCAAUAGAUCCAGCACUCAGGAGACCUGGUCGCUUUGACAGGGAGUUUCUCUUCAGUUUACCUGAUGAGAAGGCAAGAAAGCACAUUUUACAAAUACACACCAGGGACUGGAAUCCCAGAUUGUCUGAUGUGUUCCUGGAGGAAUUAGCAGAAACAUGCGUUGGCUAUUGUGGAGCUGACAUUAAAGCACUUUGCACUGAGGCUGCCUUGAUAGCCCUUCGUCGGCGCUACCCCCAGAUCUAUGCCAGCAGUCAGAAGCUGCAGCUGGACAUCUCUUCAGUUGUCCUCAGUGCCCAUGACUUCUACCAUGCAAUGAAAAACAUUGUGCCUGCUUCUCAACGUGCUGUGAUGUCUCCUGGGCAUGCCCUGUCACCCAUUGUAAGGCCAUUGCUGCAGAGGACUUUCUUGGACAUACUCCAUGUGUUACACAAAGUGUUUCCUCAUGCAGAGUUCAGUAAAGACCACAAAAAGAAUGAUAAUGGAAGCCUCCUCUUAGAAGAUAGUGAGGAUGAGAACCCGUUGUCCAUAUUUGAUGUGAGUUGUGUCUCAGGAUCACCAAAGAAACAGCCAGCUGCUCCCCACAGGCCCUUCCUCCACUUUACAACAUCAGCCUGUCACCAGCCGACCUCCUAUCGGCCCAGGUUGCUCCUCUCUGGGGAGCUUGGCUCGGGCCAAACCUCGCACCUUGCUCCAGCUGUCCUGCACAUUCUGGAAAGAUUCUCUGUGCACAGAUUGGACCUACCUGCACUUUACUCAGUCAGUGCUAAAACGCCUGAGGAAUCUUGUGCACAGGUAUUCCGGGAAGCUCGGAGAACAGUACCCAGUGUUGUUUACAUGCCACACAUUGGCGACUGGUGGGAGGCCGUCAGCGAAACUGUCAGGGCUACCUUUCUGACGCUCCUGCAAGAUAUCCCCUCGUUCUCUCCUAUAUUAUUACUGUCUACCUCUGAAACCGUGUACGGGGAACUUCCGGAGGAGGUGAAGUGUAUUUUCAGGGCUCAGUAUGAAGAGGUUUUCAUCAUUUCCCGACCUAAUCAAGACGACCGUUUAAACUUUUUCCAGGAUUUGAUAAUCAAUCAGGCAGCCAAGCCACCUCCUAAAAGGAAAAAAGCUGCUUUGCGAUCUCUGGAAGUCCUACCCCCUGCAUCACCACCUGCCCCCUCCCAGCUGUCUGAGGUGGAGAAGCAAAGGAUGGAAGACCACGAGGAGAAUACACUGAGGGAGUUGAGGCUGUUCCUGAGGGAGGUCACCAAGCGACUGGCCACCGAUAAGCGUUUUAACAUCUUCAGCAAACCGGUGGAUAUUGAAGAGGUUUCAGAUUACCUUGAAGUCAUCCGAGAACCCAUGGACCUUUCCACCAUAAUGACCAAAAUUGAUAAGCAUCGCUACAUGACGGUGCAGGACUUCCUACUGGACAUUGACCUGAUCUGCAGCAACGCUUUGGAGUACAAUCCCGACAAAGAGCCGGGAGAUAAAAUAAUCCGGCACCGUGCCUGCACCAUGAAGGACACCGCGCACGCCAUCAUUGCUGCUGAACUGGAUCCGGAGUUCAACAAACUGUGCGAGGAGAUUAAGGAGUCUAGAACCAAGCGAGGUUUGUCCGUGACUACAGAGCAAGCAAAUCCUCAAACUUCCGAGGCACAGAAGGCAGAAGCCGGAGCAGAGGAAGCUUUCCGGAAUAAGCACAAGAAUACGCUGGAUAUCGGGAACCACUCCGGAAAUAAGUGUCCAUUUCCAGUACGUAGGAAGCACCGUCGACGCUCACAGUGGGGCCGGGGGAUAAUCCGGAAGAAGAAACCCAAUUAUUUAAAGAAAGAAGAAGAGGAGGAGGAGGAUGAUGAGGAGGAAGAGGAAGGGAAUGAUGAUCCCUUGGAGAACGGGGACUGCCUUGAAGAGAAUGGAGAGGAGGUGGGAGAUCACUCGGCAACCAAUGACGAGUCCUCUUGUGACAUUAUGGACAGAGUUGUGGCCCACAGGAAUGGGCCGACCGUGAAAGGCGGCAGCUGCUUAACCACGGAGGAGGACAGCUCUAAUGGGUCAACGGUGGUCAACAGCAAUAGAGCAUUCAAAGACCCCACAGUAGCUGCGAAGGAGCCACCACUUGCUACAGACUACUUAAAUGGGAGCACUUCAUUGGAUAGCUUAGAAAGCACACCACUAUCAGCUCUCCAUAAUGGGAAAGGGGCCCCCAGCGCCCCCGUAACCACAGACAAAGACUCCGGCUCAGGAGCCCACCACAAUAAAGAAUUAGUUAACUGUCAUAAUGAUGCAAGCUUGGAUAGUAACACAGGGCCGCAGCAAACGCAAGUAGCGGGUGACAAUGACGACCUUGAGACGGUACAAGAGAUUGUACGAGAAGAUGCAUCUGGUGGCCUAAUACUGGAUCCAUACUUGGAAGAACAGCUGGACCCGGAGCCGCCAUUAAUUGUUGAUCACAACAGACUAGAGAAACUUCUUGAUACUUUGGUGGAUAAAAGUAACAAUUUAACAGUUGAUGAGCUAGAGAGGUGGUACUCUUUCCUCAGCCAGUGCAUCUACAUCCACAGAAUGGACUAUAACAAGACUAAGCUAGUGGAGGAUUUGGAAAGAACAGUUCAUAAGAUGCAAACAUUCCUGUGAAAGUUGCCAUAACCGCAACGUUACUGCGCGACUCCUCGUGGGAGAGCAGCCCCUCUGAGCUAGUUUAUUUAUUUCUGGUAGCACCAAGUCUGCUCUGAGCCUCUCUCUGUAUCUCCAGUGUUCAACCUCUCAUCUGCUGUUCAAUGAGAUUGGUGCUAUUGUCUCAGGUACCUGAUGCCAACCAGCCUACUAGAACCAAACAGAACUUCACAUCACAGUGGACAAAACUCAACAUCACAGCUUGAAGAUUUGCGGUGCUAAUGGCGGGCGGAUUAAAAGUCCACCCAUCUCUGUUUAACUUCUUUCCAACGCCAGAAAGCCAUCCGCACCAACAUCCCUCUUCCCGUCUUACAAGGGGGUAUCAAAAUUCAUGCGAUGGAACUGAUAAACUGGAUCCUUCAAAAGCCAGGAGCUUGUAUUUAUUACUUUCUGUUUCCGUCUCGUUUUUGUCUCACCGCUCCCUAAAACAUCAACUUUUUCCGGACGUGUCUGGCAUCAAUUAUUUUUUCUUUUCAGAAACAAGUGUGGGAACCGGUCAGUGGCAGCUUAUUACUAAACCCUAGCUCAAAGCUUGCCCCUCUCUGUGCCUUGUAACACUAUAUUAGGGUAUUCUAAUGAUUUGGGCGUGUUGCGGUUAGGAAAGGAACAAUCCGCUUGUGUGUUUGUUUUUUUUGCUUUCGGACAUUUAUAUCUUUCUCCGCAUUCACCUUCAAAUGAGCAAAAUUGAUGGGUAUGUCAGUGGUGCCCACAGUGGUGUCCUGCAACCCAGUUAGUAUUUUCUAUUGGUGCUGGAAACCCUAAGUGGUUAACUCCUCACUGAUAUCUACCUACUUCACCUGUAGUCCUGUAUACCUCUCGCCAGAGGCAAAAAAAUACAAGUAUCUCCGUGAUUUAUGAAUCUGAGGUAAUAACAAAUGUCAAAUCCAUCUACGUAUUCAACAUUGCUCCACUCACCAAAAUUUUUGUCUGACAUCAUUCCCAUCCCCUUUUAGUGUAUAGACCCCCUACCCCCAAUCAUCCUUAAGUAACGCCUGCUUUGGCCUAUUUCCCACAUUUGCCAGGCUUACAAUGUGACCCCUACAUAGGCACCAGUUUGACACUUGAUGUUUUAGUCCAUUGGCACAUGUGUGGCGUGACGGCGCUAAAUAUUUCACUGUUAUGUGGGAUCGUUGACUUGAUAAACAUAUGCUAAGGCUUUGGGGUUUUGUUUUUUUAUAAGUGAUUAGAAAUAAUGACUGAAUUGUAGGAAGGAAAACACAUUGCCAUUUAUUUUUUUUUAGGGUUUUUUUUUUUUUUUUACCUUUUAAUUAAAAAAAAAAAGUUCAAUUUCUGUUAUACAACGAAGACUCUCUAUGCAUCAGAGGCAAACGUCAUGAAAAUCACAUCCCAAAUAAAACCUUUUACCGGUGGCGCUUUGUUAACAUUUUACAGUCCAGUAUUGAACCAGCACGAACAAGUUACUGUAGUGCAUUUUUUUUAUUUGUUUGUUUUCUCUUGUGCAGUUUGUGUUUUUGUGCUUUAUGCUUGCAAAUACCCCACAGAGGAUGCCGGAAUUAUUAUAUAACUCCUUAGUUGCUCUGCCGUCAUAUGGGGAGCAGCCUUCCUCAUCUAUACAGGAAGUAACGUUGAUCUGUACUGUACCGUGGCUGUCCACUGAUACCAAUGGCUAGCAAUCAACUAAAAGCACCAGUGUACUAUCUGUGUAUGUAAUCCAUCAUCAUUUGAUUUAUCUUCAAUCUGUGGUCAGAGUAGGUUAUCAUUACCAUGUUUGGCACGUGAACUAUACAUUGCGUACAGACGUUGCAGACUGCGCUCUGUGAGCUAUCCUGUAGAGCAGAGCAGUCUGGGAGUUUUAGGUGAAGUGCACAUUUUGACUACCCUUUAGGGGCACUUUAACAGCAACUCCACUUUAAACCGAUGGAGCGAUUUAUUCAUGAUCGAUUUGCUUUGCUGCCAGGGCUACAAGUGGGAGAAAGUGCGUCCUAAUAAAGUCUGCAUUUUUAUCCAUUUAGAAAUUACUCUAAAUAAAAUGCUCAAUGAAAACGUAGCAUAUUUAUUUACUUAAAUGGAAGAGUUAUUUGGCUGCCUUGUCUGCGCUACGUUUCUUUUUUAGCUAGAUGCAGGGCUAAAUUUAAUUGUAAUGCCCAAAGCGUUAUCCGAUUGGAACAGAACAGGUUUUUUGUGAAAUAAGCAGUAUAUUGUACGCCACUGAUUUUCUUAAAGCAAGUCUAGCGGAUUGAAAAAUUGGGUUGGCCACUUUUUUUUGGUAAUCCAAAAAAAAAUGUAAAAAAAAAAAUCAUACGCCCACUUUCUUUCUUAAAGGUUUUUUUCUGUGUUUUUUUUUUGUAUAAUCCAUUUUGUAAAUCUGCAUUUUGCUACAAUAACUCAGACAAGCGUUGCAAACUUUCUACGACAGUGAACUUUAAAAAAAAAUAAAAAUAAAAUACUUAGGUCCUGUGUAAUGUAAAUGAGGUCAGCUUUAGUAAUAAAAUUAAAAGUAAGAGAAAAAAAAAAAUUUUAUUUUUAAAAUUAAGUUGAAAUGAAGUUCAGUUGCUGCUGUUUCUGUUAUUCAGUAGGUUUGAUAACAGGCUUUCCCAGCAGAUUUAGACCUAAAAUGUGAGCACAAUUGGGCCAAGAUGGGCAAAAUGUUUAAGGUCAAACACAGAACGGAGGCAGCUAAUUGUGUGGGUUAUUUUUUUUGCCUGAACCAAUUCUGAUGAAAGCGACAGGGCUGGUAUUUCCAUGAGUCACCCAAGUCAGGAGGUCUCGCUUUGCAUGCCAAACAUUUCAGGCGCACCAAAGCCACAAAGAGUUCCAAUGUUAAUCGUCAGACUUUUUUUUUUUUUUUUUGGUUCCC